CUUAUAACUCCCCAAAAUAUUUCCUUCUCGUUCACUCUCAAGUGAGCAGCUUCUGUGUGCACCAUGCCUGUGAAUGGUAGGUGGCUGUGGGUGUGAGAUUGUCUCAAACCCACUUGGUUUCUGUCUUUCAGUCAGUCCCAGGAAACAUGGUUGGUCGUGGAUUUCAGUUUGAUCUUUCAGACUCUUGUGCAAGCCAUUCACAUCUUCUCAUCCUUGGUCUGAUUCUUGUUUACUACACUACCCUCGCCUCUUAUGUUCAAGGAGUGAGCUGCAAGUCAAAGAACUUUUUUUCCAAAUACCAGCACUGCACACUUCACCCAGAUGGAGUCCAUGAUUUGAAUUGUUAUGGUAAACCAAAAAAUCUUGGUAUGAUAACCUGUAUGUGGAGACCUGGAAACCUCACAUCAGAAAAGACAUACACACUCGCCAUACAACAACCAGACAAAAAAAAUAAAUAUUGCAAAGCAUACACAAACAUCCGUGAACUCUCUCAAGGAAAGAUCCCUGUAUUUGAGGUUUACAACAUUGUUGCUGAGGUUUUUGAAAACAGUGAGUCAAAUUGCACAAAGGCAGUUUUCAAGGAUUCACCAAAGCACUUGUUGCUUUGCAGUCCUCCAUAUCAUGCCUCCUUCAGCCGCCACUCUGGAAAACUAGAUGUGGAUGUGAGAUGGCAACAGGAGGACGCAGAGUUCAUCAAGUAUUACUCUGUGAGAUAUAAAGCACUGGGCAGUCUGUCGUGGAACGAGCCACCAAUGCAAUCCCACAAUGGAGUGAGAUGUACAGUGGAGAAUCUAAACUCCUCUCUGGUCUACACUGUACAGAUACAGUGUGUCACUAAUGAGAAAUGCUCACAGUGCCCGUGGAGUCAACACUACACUGUGUCACCAGAACUGACAGCACAGCCUGUUAUUGUCAACCUCCAAGAUACUGACAUUGCAGAGAAAAAAGGCAGGAGGCUCCUUUCUCUAAACUGGACGUUUCCUGCCAAAGAGCUGCAUGACCACUACUAUGUGACCAUUGGUAAAGCAUCAGGAGAGGCGUCCCAGCGGAUAAAAACCUCUCGAUCUGAGAUAAGACUGAGUCUCUCCUAUUCAGCUUAUCACCUCAGCAUCAGCGCUGUCAACAAUGUCAGCACCUCGCCAGCUGUAAGCAAGACCAUACCACAGCGAGAGGACAUUCCCAGUGAGUGCUCACUUGCAUGGCAGAACUGUCAGUUAAAAAGUGUUGUAGAUGAGAAGUUGAACAUUACAGUCCACAGCAAUACAUCUUUUACUGUCUAUUGGAAAGAUGAUCUCAUCAAAACCUAUGUCUGCUAUUCUGUGGAGUGGAGGGAAAAGGGGCAUAAAGCAGUGCACAAGCCCUUUUAUCAGGAUGCAGUCAACCAAAGGACCUUAUCUCAUCUACCAGAGCCUUUGGAGCCUUACAAGAGAUACAGCAUCUCUCUGCAUACGCGACCAAACAAGGAGACUUGUGACAUGAAGUAUAUCAACAACAGUGAGAGCACCUAUGGGACCACCCAGUUCUAUUUCAUUGAAGGAUCUCCUAUCAGUGCUCCCAUAAACAUCAGCAGCUACAAUGUGACUUUGAGUUCAGCUGUGCUGCAGUGGUCAUCCAUCUUGGAGGAAGACGUCAGGGGUUUCUUACUGGGUUACAUAAUCUACUACACUGAGUACAAGGGGACAAGUACAGAGAGAAAUAUUACAGUGGAUCCAGAGUUUGACACCUAUAAAUUGGAGAAUCUCAAAAAAGGCACAGCAUACCAGGUCCAGAUAUCAGGUUUCACCCAGGCAGGAGCAGGAGUACGAAGCACACCAAUGGUCUUUGUAACAAAUCAUCAAGGAUAUUUUGAUCUUAGUUUAAGUGGCGUGAUAAUUAUUUUUGUUGUUGUGAGCGCACUGCUGAUAGUUGGAUCUGUGAUAACAAAAAGAGCAAAAGUCAUUCUGUGGCCCAGCAUACCUAACCCUGGAAACAGCGAUGCAAUGCAGAAAAUAGAAGGGCCCUGUGGAGUGGAACUCCUAGAGUCCAUCAACACUCUGAAGGUAGAAGAGUGGGAUACAAAUAGCCUUCAGAUAAUUGAGAAAGAGCCUGUGGUCCCUCCAAGCAUGUUACCAUCAGUGUUACCGCUUCUUCACAACUUAGAUGACGAGGAAGACUCACCAGAAACCAACUGCAACUGGACCCAUACAGACACAGAGGAUGCAACUGAGGAUAUCCUAUCUGACGAUGCUACCGACACAUUUUCAAACAUAAAACAGACGAACUUCCAGAGUUCUCCCUUCCCUUUUUCAAGUGAAUACACAACAAUGGAAAUGUUUCAGCAAGCAAUGCCUCAGAGCAUUCCAGAGACUACAGCCAUUACUCAGGCUAUGGAAAGUGAUCCAGAGGACACACCUUUGACUGUGGGGAAGCCUGGAUUGGACUAUAUAGGACAAUUUGGCACCAGUCCAGUCUCGGACAGCGAGGAAAUGGCCACGAUUUUGUGAAAAGGGCUUGGAAUUGGACUGCAGACCAUGAAGAACGAUCAACACAGGAUCAGUAAAAGACCAUUGCCCAUGAAUAUCAGAAUCAAAUGAGUUGUUUAUGGCAGUCCAAAGAUGGACUAUGAGGACUAUAUAUAUAUAUAUAUAUAUAUAUAUAUAU